AUGAGCCCUAGAUCCAGUUCCCGUACUCCGAACAAAAACGCAGAUUGGGACAGCGCGUGUUACAAAUGCGUUUCAAGGGAGCGCGUGGGAAACAGUACCAUAAUCAAUAUACCACUCAGAGUCAGAGUUAUGGUUGUCUUCGUAACCGCUGCUGCAGGUUAUUGGAUCGUUGUUUUUGCCUUAGUCACAGUUAAUAUUUGGUGGGACUGGUGGCUGGGCAUACUGGAUGACCGCUUUGAUCAAAUCAAAGAGUUAGAAGAUGAAAAUCCUGGUUUAGUUGUGGAAGUGCUAACCGUUGCUAUUCGCAGUGCUGACUUUACCAUAGAUGAACUUGAAAAAAAACUGAGUGGAACUGUCAUCUACUAUUCUAAGGUGAGAGAACUUACGCACAAGCUCAAGGGAAUUAGCGCGAGCGUUGGUGGUUGCCGAGUGGCUGCAGCUUGUAUUGAGCUCCGAGAAGCAUAUGUUGCAAAUAACAAGGAAAGGUGCGUUGCGGGCUUUGACGUGGUCAAACGUGAGUAUCUUGUCUUGCGGGAAAACCUGAAUCACAUUCUUCAGUCUGCAGUGCAGAUAGAACGUGAAAUCAAUGCCAACAAGCCCAAGAGCCGUCGUCAGUAG